UCUCGUCAACACGCAGUUGGAUAUGAAGCUAAGCUAGUGCUACAGCUAGCGAGUUAAAGAGCACUGACUGCGAGGACGGUUUGUUCGUCUUUGUGUUCAAGGACUUGAAAUGCUGAAGUUUCCCUGAUCCAUUAGCCUACGUGUUUUCUGAACGAGAGAUCGGAGACCCUGUAGAUAUUGUUUUUGACCAGGGUUGUGCCUUUUUUUAUUUAACACUAUUGUGGAAAUAUGGCGGAUGGCGGGCAUUAUUACAACGAACAUGAUGAUAGAACCGCACCACAGUUCAAUCGCAACCGCAAAGGCAGAGGUUCCCACAAAGGACGAUCAUAUGACAGGUCUCGCAGAGACCGGCAACGGGGAGGCCAUUCAGGAGGCUUUGGAGGUCCUGGACCUCGGUCUAGGCUUGAAGACGAUGGAGAUGUGGCUAUGAGUGACAGCUCUCAGGACAGCAAUGCCCAGCACAGAUUCAACCCCUAUGGAAGACCCUUUCGUAAAGGAGAUGGAAGGUUUGACAGAGACAGAAGACAAGGCAAAGGUGGAGGUGGUGGCAGAGGUGGUGGUGGCGGCUUCAGAGGAGGAGAACGUGGAGGAGGGAGUGGUGGAGGCGGAGGGAAGAACCGGUCAGGCUGGUACAAAGUAACGAUACCGCAUGGAAGAAAGCAUGACAAGAAAUGGUUACUAACGGCUCUUCAGAACAUCUGUUCAGUACCCUUCACACCUGUACAGUACCAUGUUGACCAUCACAGAGUCCAUUUUUAUUUGGAUGAUUCUGCUACUGCCAAUGCUCUACACAAAUGUUCUCAUAAGAUCACAGACACAGACGGUUAUAAGGUGGAAGUGCAUGUAAACCCCAGCCCCCCUCCAUCUUUCCUUCUCUCCGAUCUUAAGCCGGAACAUUUGGAGCAUUUGAAGCAAUGCAUGGCAAAACGCUUUGAUGGCUCCCAACAAGCUCUCGACUUGAACAACAUCCGAACAGAUCCAGAUCUGGUGUCCCAGAAUGUUGAAGUUAUCUUGAACAGAAAGACAAAUAUGGAAGCAGUCAUCAAGAUCAUUGAAGAAAACAUUCCAGAGCUGGCAGGCUUAAACCUGAGUAACAACCGUAUUCACAAAUUGGAUGAACUAGCUGAGUUGGUAACCAAGGUGCCUAACCUGAAGACUCUUAACCUUUCACACAAUGAGCUUAAGUCUGACCGGGAACUGGACAAGGUGAAAGGGCUGAAGCUGGUGGAGCUGUGGCUGAACAGGAAUCCUCUGUGUGACCUCUUCAAAGAUCAGCCGUCAUACAUCAGUGCUGUGCGGGAGAGGUUUCCUCGACUUCUCAAACUGGACGGUCAUGAUCUCCCUCCACCCAUUGGCUUUGAUGUCGAAACUCCCACUGCCAUCCCUCCAUGCAAGGGCAGCUGUUUUGGGUCUGACGAAAUCAAGGCUCUCAUUCUUCGAUUCCUGCAACAAUACUACAGUAUAUAUGAUUCAGCAGACAGACAGCCUCUCCUGGAUGCUUAUCAUGAUGGAGCAUCAUUAUCGCUCACAACACCUUACUCCACCCAGAACCCCUCAAGGAGCAGUCUGGGGGAGUAUCACAAAGAUAGUCGGAACCUGAAGAGAAUUAAAGAUUCCACAAUACGGUUUCGGCUGUUGAAGCACACCCGCCUGAAUGUGGUAGCUUUCCUCAACGAGCUGCCAAAAACUCAACAUGACAUUGCGUCUUUCACCAUUGAUGUAAACACAUACACGAACACACUACUGUCUUUCACUGUGAGCGGAGUCUUCAAAGAAGUUGUAGUUGAUGGGAAAUCCCGCGAGUCUACCAUGGCCUUCUCUCGGGUUUUCAUUACUGUACCUGCAGGGAAUUCUGGUCUUUGCAUUGUGAAUGAUCAGCUCUUCAUCCGAAUGGCAACAACAGAAGAGAUCCGUCGAGCAUUUGUUGCUCCCGCCCCCACUCCCUCCUCAAGUCCUGUCCCCACUCUCACUGCCCAACAGCAGGAGAUGCUCACAGCUUUCUCACUGAAGUCUGGCAUGAACCUGGAGUGGUCCCAGAAGUGUCUGCAGGACAAUGAAUGGGAUUUCAACAGAGCAGCACAAAUCUUCACUCAGUUAAGGACUGAAGGGAAGAUCCCAGACGUUGCAUUUAUAAAAUGAAGAGUUGAAUCAGUCACCCGUGAAAUGGAAUCUGAAUUCAUUUUAUUUAUGCAUUUGUUUUAUCUUUUAUUCAUUGAAUUUUGUUUUAUUAAACAAAAAUGUAGAUUAAGUUGACAUUUGUUUACAGAUGUCUUGUUUUUACAGCCAAAUGUCACAACUGUUACCUAAAGACUGAUGUUAUGAUGUUAUGAUACAGAUCUGAUUGUCAUUGUAACUUUAGUUUUUAGCCAUUUGUAUAGAGAUCACUACACACAUUGUCAUAGGAAUAAAGCCUGUUGGCCAGUGGUGCAACUUCUGUUCAUCUUCUGUAUUAUGUUUAACAAUAAAAUAUUUUGUUAUACAAUUGACAAGCCUUUGAGCAGUAUAGUGAAAUAUGGGGAAAGAUGCAGAGGUGUCUAUAUAUUUUCAUAAGAGUAAGAUAAUGGCAUUUCAAAACCAUUUUUGUAGUGUGUACAUUUUAACAUAGUGAAAGAGUAAAGAAAGAAAUGCACUAUGGAUGACCAUAAGCCCAGACAGUUUUUUGUUUUUUUGAGGGAAUAGUUUUAAGACUUCAUAAAGCUUGGUUUAUGUGUUUUGUGCAUAAAAUAAUUUGG